AGCGCCCCACAUCUCCGCCCGCACUGCGCAUGCUCCCAGCAUCCCCCUCUAUCCAGCAGGACUUGAAGACUCGGCUGAAGAUGCUCUCAGCUUCUCGGGUCGCUGGUCGCUUGUCGCCGGGUGAACACUGACUCAUCUGGAAGAACCCAAGCAGGGAGGAGAAGCUGCAGACUGUCCCUUUAGGUUCUCACUCGCUUCUCGGAUUUUUUUUUCCCUUCCCCCCUUCCUCUCCCUCCACUCCAGCAUGGAGAUGAAGAAGUCUUUCUCGGACACCGAGCGAGCGCUCCGGAGCUACGGCGCCGUGUCGGAAACGGCGUGGACGACGGACAAAGGUCACUCCGACGUGUCCAUGGCGGAGAGCACCAUGUCUCCGGAGGAGAUCGAGGUGGAGAUGGCUCGCAUCCAGCGCCUGCGGGAGGUCCUGGUGCGCAGGGAGUCGGAGCUGCGCUUCAUGAUGGAUGACAUUCAGCUCUGCAAAGACAUCAUGAGCCUAAAGCAGGAGCUGAGACAGAUUGUUUCAGUACCAGAGAAAGAAAAGAACAAGAAACACAAGCAGCGGGAGGAGGAGCUGAUCCUAAAGAUCCAUAAACUGGUGCAGAAAAGGGAUUUCCUGGUGGACGACGCCGAGGUGGAGAGAUUAAGGGAGAAGGAGGAGGACAAGGAGAUGGCCGAGUUCCUCCGGCUGAAGCUGCGGCCUCUGGAGCAGAAACUCAAAGCCACGCCGAAUUCCCAAAAGCCCAAGCGACAGAUCCCAGAACCGCCUCCCAACAAACCCUUCAUCACCAAGUCGGGGGCGGCCAUCAUCAAGGACUGCUGCGGAGUCGCCCAGUGUGCUGUAAUGUAACCGACCUCCUUAUUGACGGUCGCUACUCUCAUGUCACAUGACCCAGUCACUUCCUGUUUCUCAGAGAACCACAGACAGCAGCACUCGCCCUUGAGCCCGUUCAGGAAUCAGACCCAUUCCCCAGCUGCGGCCGCGUGGGAACUGAUCCCUGAUCAGCGCUCAAGGUGUGAGGUGUUUUACAGCGGGAGCGCAUCUCUACCGGGGCUGUACAUGAACUAAGCAGAGCUGUAAAUAGAAUCCGAUAGCCGUGUGGUUGAUGUAUUCAUGCAGAAGCAGGUCAGGUCCUUCCUGUACGUCGCAUUCCUUUUAAGGCGAGGAUGCGUCCGACUGGACGAAUAAGGCCUCAAAAGCACAAAACCCACCGCGUCAGUAAUUAGCGGGGUUCUCUGACAUGAACACGAAGCCUCUCAUUGUGUCAUUUAGGACAACAGUUCUCAUUCAUAAGCUAUUACUAUUCUGUUGUUGUUCUGAUGAGCAAAUUUGGUCCAUUAAUUGGGUUCAUGUUCAAAGGUCGGGUUGCAGUGGAUGCUUUUGUGGAUAAAAAUGUUUAGAAAUAACUAAUCUCAUGCCGAUUUAAAACACUUUCACCACUUCAAAUGCUGCUGCAAACCGCUGAUCCAAGUCAGACUUGAUUUCAGUCAUUUUGAUGAGCUUCCAAAGACUUCCUCUACGAACGCCGAGGUCAGACAGUCGUAAACAUUCGUUCAGAUAUCUUUACCUGGAGAUUAUUAGUCGUUUCUCUCAUCUUGAUGUUGAAAAUCUCAUUUUCUAACAACAAAUGUUUUACCUCCUUGUGGUAGGGUUGCGUUCAUCAUGCGCGCUUUAGUUCUUUCCCUGGUUUAUCACACCUGAAUCAGGUCAGAUAUAGCAGCACACACCUUUAAAACGUUUGUAUCUUUUCUCGAUAGUCUUGGCCAUCAUGGGCGCAGUUGGAGAUUUUUUGGUUGUGCAGGUUUUCUUGUCACGUUUUCUCCUUUUGUGGAUUCCGGCUCUCAAUGGGGUCCCAAAGUUUUAGAAAAGUCUCCAUGGCCCUUACCAGACAGAUGUCUGCUUGACUGUUAGGAUAAAAAAAAAAUUCCCAACAAUCUGGCAUAGAUCAGAUAACGGACACCUCCGUUUUCUGAUGAACCUCUCAGUUUGGUUUCUGAUCAAAGAUGAGAAUCCACUGAAGUGAGGCAGGGGCCCUCCUGCUCUCUGGGAUUUUAUUUUACGUUUCCACAGAGGGGAGAGAAAAAAAAAUAAAAAAUCAGGUGGAGAACGCUGACUGGCAUGAAGUCUGAUGUCACUUUUAUUCUUUAACGUUACUCCGAAUCACAGUUCGACGCUUGUAAAAUGCAUCCACUGUAAUCAUUGGUCAUGCUUCCUCAUUCUGCAGGGUCACCUACAGACGCCAUCAACAACCUGGACAUAACGGACAGUACGACCUCACUUGUGGUGAUCAUAAACCCUCGAAAACAAAUUGCAUCCUUUAAAUUUAACCUUGCAUUUCUGUGAUAAACACCAGGAAAGGAAUGAAGCCCCUUUUUAAUGCCUCCAAUAAACCGUGUGUGCUUGAGUGUAUUUAGGACUUUAGUGACUCGCGUCAAGAAAACUGUUGAUCUCUUAUCACUUCUUUCUUCUGAUAACUUGGCGUCCUGUAAGUGUAGUGACUUUAUAAAAGUUCUGCUGUUUAAAAAAAAA